AUGAGCAACACUAAGGAUAACUUCAAUGUUGCUGAUCUUACUGCUGCUUUGAAUGCCGGGGAACGAGCAAACCUUGUCAAUGUGCUCAAAAAUAAACUUCAUGAUCUUACUGGGAAGCACUCAAACGUGCCUGAAAGUUUGUCCCCGAAUGUGAGAAAACGUGUUGAAGCUCUGAGGGAGAUUCAGACUGAGCAUGACGAAUUGGAGGCAAACUUUUUUGAAGAGAGAGCUGCACUUGAAGCCAAAUACCAGAAGUUGUAUCAGCCACUAUACACAAAGAGAUUUGAAAUUGUGAAUGGGGUUGUUGAAGUUGAUAGGCAAGUCAGUUUUAUUGCUGCAAGGAGAACUGGUCGUCUUCAUGACCAAGCUGCUUCUGCUGCUCCUGUUGCAUCCAGCCCCGUGGAGCAUCUGGUUCGAAACCAAACCCCAUCUCUGCUGCUUCACAUUUGUGUUCGUCGUUUUCAGUCCAGUCCAAAAAUGAGACUCAACCAUCUCACUUGUUCGAGCUUUGGUCGAG